CAAUUCUUCUCAUCAUCUGCACCAAUUACCAGCCUUUGAGUGAUCACUCAAACCAACCCACAUUGUCUCUUAACACCCUUUGGAAUCAAAACAAUUGUCAAGUUUUGAAAGGAAACAAUUGAGAUAUGGGUUCAAGCUUCCCAAGGGUUGUGCUCUUUGUCUUGAGUUGUUUAUGGGUUUUAGCAGAGCUUGUGCUUGCAAAACAUGGAGGCAUCACAAGGCACUACAAGUUUGAUAUCAAGUUGCAAACUGUGACAAGGUUGUGCCAAACAAAGAGCAUUGUGACAGUCAAUGGGCAGUUUCCAGGGCCUCAGAUUAUUGCUAGGGAAGGUGACACAGUGAUAGUUAAGGUUGCUAACCAUGUCCAGAACAAUAUCACUAUUCAUUGGCAUGGAAUAAGGCAGCUAAGGAGUGGAUGGGCAGAUGGACCUGCAUAUGUUACGCAGUGCCCAAUUCAAACAGGCCAGACUUAUGUAUACAAGUUCACCAUCACUGGCCAGAGAGGGACCUUGUUUUGGCAUGCCCACAUUUCAUGGCUUAGAGUGACUCUCUAUGGACCUAUUGUCAUCCUUCCAAAGAGAAACAUUCCUUACCCAUUCCCACAGCCCCACAAAGAAGUCCCAAUAAUAUUUGGUGAAUGGUGGAAAGCAAAUACUGAGACAGUAAUCAACCAAGCAUUGCAAACAGGAGGAGCCCCAAACCUCUCUGAUGCCUUCACUAUUAAUGGUCUUCCUGGACCCUUUUACAAUUGCUCAGCUAAAGAUACAUUCAAACUGAAGGUGAACCCAGGAAAGACAUACCUCCUCCGCCUAAUCAACGCUGCACUGAACGACGAACUCUUCUUCAGCAUUGCCAACCACACACUCACCGUGGUUGAAGCGGACGCAAUCUAUACAAAACCAUUCAAGACCAAUAUAGUCCUCAUAACCCCAGGACAAACCACCAAUGUCCUCCUCAAAACCAAACACCACCACCCCAAAACUUCCUUCCUCAUAUUCGCCCGACCUUACGCCACCGGCCCCGCCCCCUUCGACAACACCACUACCGCCGCAAUCCUCGAAUACCACCACCCAUCCUCAAACAACAAAACCACCAAACUCCCUCUAUUAAAACCGUCACUUCCUAAAUUCAACGACACAAUAUUCGCAACGAAUUUCAACAAAAAAAUCCGAAGCUUAGCGAACGCAAAGUUUCCCGCAAACCUCCCUAAAACAGUAGAUAAAAAGUUUUUCUUCACGGUGGGUCUGGGGGUAAGCCAGUGCUCGCAGAACCAGACGUGUCAAGGACCCAACAACAUGAGAUUCAAGGCUUCAAUAAACAACGUGUCGUUUGUGCUUCCGAGCACUGCUCUUCUUCAGGCGCAUUUCUUCAAACAGUCGGCGGGCGUUUACACCACUGAUUUUCCGGCGAACCCGCCGGUGAAAUUCAACUACACGGGCAAUCCGCCGAGCAAUAUAAUGGUGAAUAGUGGGACUAAAGCCGUGGUGCUUCCAUUUAAUGCGAAUGUGGAGGUGGUUUUGCAAGAUACGAGUAUUAUUGGUGCUGAGUCUCACCCUUUGCAUCUCCAUGGAUUCAAUUUCUUUGUGGUGGGUCAGGGUUUUGGAAAUUUUGAUUCCAAGAGAGAUCCGGCUAAGUUUAAUCUGGUUGAUCCGGCAGAGAGGAACACCGUUGGCGUUCCCUCCGGCGGUUGGGUUGCUAUUCGCUUCCGAGCAGACAAUCCAGGUGUAUGGUUCAUGCACUGCCAUCUAGAAAUUCACACGAGCUGGGGAUUGAAGAUGGCUUGGAUUGUGAUGGAUGGAAAGCAUCCACAUCAGAAGUUGCCUCCUCCACCGGCUGAUCUUCCAAAAUGUUGACCAAAUUAUCUCUUAAAUUUCAUUUUUUGUCCUUUCUUUCUUUUCUCUUUUUCAAAAUUUUAAAAGGAAGAGCAGUGUAGAAGUAUUUUUACGAUGUAAUUGCGUUUUGAUAUGGCCGAGGUUUCAUUUACCAUACACCCACACCAUAAAAGGCAUUUUAGUAGGGACAUUGAGUUUAUUUUACAAAGCUUGUAAUACAAUUCGAUUAUUUUAUAAAAGGAAUUGUCUCAGCAGAUUCUUAAUUUC